CCUCUUGAUAAAGUAACAACCAGCAAGGAAAACACACCAAUGGAUUUGUUUUUAUAUUGUUCCCUCUUCUUUCUUCUAUAUUGUUAGUAAAUGACCACGGUGUAAGCGGAAUAAUCAACUCGCAGGUGUAUGUUAAACAGUUUUAAGGCACUUCGCGGUUUAUCGCGCACCAACUUGCUUGAUUUUGAUUAUCUCUUACGUAUAAAUUGAGCAAGCGGUAUCUCUGUCACACGAACACACAUAUUAUGAUAGGUAAGGUCGCCUGUUUUGGUGUUUUUUGUUCUGUUUGAGAGCAAAGUCUCCUCUUUUUGGCUUGUUUCAUGGAUCUAGUUGCCUGAGUCUCUCGCGAGAUUCGACAACGGUGCUCGUACACAUCCGGUUAAAAACAGCGCGGGUAACUAAACUAACUCACCCAAACGGGAGUCCCGGCGGCUGGGAAAGUGGUAACUUUAACUUCAAGGAUGUUUAAGACGGAGAAACCCGCAGAGGAGAGGAAACGACCGCCGCCUGUCAAAGUCCUUUCCGGCCAGCUGAGGGACGGAGCUCUCAGGGCGGGAGAGUGUGUCGUCAGGGCCGGCCGCGGUCGCUCGGUCCCGGUGUCUCUGGUGUGGAUGCAGGGGACCGUCCUGGAGGCCCAGCCGGACCGAAACACCGUGCUGCUGAUGGACGAGACCGGGACCUUUGCCGUCCAGGGUGUCAACAACGUCCCCCAGGGGAAAUCAUGUCUGUCCCAAGGUAAAUAUGUCAUGGUGAUGGGUGUCAUCCAAGCCACCUCCCCGGAGCCAGUCAUCUGUGCAGUGAAGAUGGCAGACCUCUCUGAGUGCGCUGCAGUUCACAGACGGAUGUGGAAGCUGGAGGUGGAGGACCUGCAGCAGCUGCUCACCUGAAUGCAGUAGUGCCGGUGGAAAUAUUGGCUGCAUGCUCCUGCUGCAUACCGUGCCGUGUCAGACCGUUUUCAGUGUAUAUGCCUUGCAGAGGGAUGGAUGCUAGAUCAUGUCUUUAUUUGCCCCCACCCUUUUUUGACCAGACUGUGCAUACCCUAAUUGCAACAUGUAUGCUUUGAAUUACUGGAGUUCAGUACUUUCUGUUCAGAGUUUAUCAGUGCACAGCAGAAUGACCA